AUGAGAGGUCACACUGUUAGUAUGUAUCCUAAAAAGGACCUUCUGGAUAAAAAAGCUACCACCUUAUUCAGGCUUCUCAAAGAUGAACAAGUCACAGCUGUACUGAAAAUUAUCAAUACAAUAUUUGACUACAAUAUUAGUGAUGAACAAAUGCCUCAGAUACUAGAAUUCAUGUUGGACAAUACCGAAGAUUUUAAGUAUGAUAAAGAUGCUAAUAUGGAUACCAGCAGCAGCAAUAUAGUUGAACUAGAUAAUAAUAACAAAAAAUCUUAUGUACCUGAAUACAAGAACCCAGUCCUAGAUAUAGCCAAAAGUUACCUUAAAAAAGAAACCUUGAACAAAAAAAAUGAAAAAAGUGAAUAUAAGGCAUUCACUUACCAAAAAAAAGCAGAGACAAAUGAUGCUGAACUUGGAUAUGAGAAUGAAAUGUUGGAAGAUUUCACAUAUUGCAAUGAGGAUAAAAUCAACAACCUUGAACAAUAUCAUCAAAAUGAAAGCAAAUUCAAAAUAGAUAAAACUACUAGUGAUGAUAAAGCUGACAAAAAUGAUACAGAUAGUAGUGUCAAAAUGAAUGCUGACAAAGUUGAGGAUGAUAAGACGAUUGAUAAAAAUAAUGAAAUGAGAAAAGUAGAUGAAUUAAAAGAAUAA